AUGACUGGAGUCGAGGAGAAGAUCAUGGACCCACCAACGAAUUCAACUGGCAUCGUUGACCCGGAGGCUGGUGCUGCUGCACCAGCGGAGAACACCCAGGCACAGUCGCAGCCCGCUCAGUCAUCAUUGACUUCAUCUUUCAAACAAUCCGACUUUUCAUGCGUCUAUUUCGGCUAUGGUUCCAACUUGUCGCCACGGACGAUGAAGCAACGAUGUCCCGACUCUCUCUUCAUAGGCAUUGCCGAGCUGAAGGGCUGGAAAUGGAUCAUCAACGAAACGGGAUACGCAAACAUCAUACCUUCUCCGGGGGAUGUCGUGUACGGAAGUCUGUGCUUUCUCAGCAAGAGAGACGAGAUGGCCCUGGACGAAAGCGAGGGGGUGCCCUGGCUGUAUGAAAAGAUGACAUUGGCGGUCACACGGCUUCUAAACGACGUUGACAAGUCGUCUGACUGGGCAGCGGCUGGCGGAGAUAUUCAAGUCCAGGCCACGGUCUAUGUGGACGUGCAGCGGACGACGGUCGGCAACAUAGAGCGUGAGUACGUUAUCUGGGUCAAGAAGGCGAUUGAGGACGGGCACGCCGCGGGGAUGCCGGCGGGAUACGCUGAGAAGUAUCUGCGGCCUUUCCUGCCGACGGACGAGAGGCAGCUGGAAGAUAUCGUGAUGGUGAGGACGACCAGGUUCGGAGAACACAGCGCUGGGCUUGUGCCUCGAGGAUUUGCCAGCUGGUCGAGGGGAUGA